AUGUGUCAGCAUCUGCAAGAGCUGAAUCCGCGAGCUCAUAUCAAGCCGAUUUCCUCUUUAAGCGAUUCUUCUUCUUCUUCUUUAUCCUGCUUGUUUUCUUCCUAUUCCGCGGUCAUUUUCUGCAAUCCAUCACUCGAUCAGCUCAAAACAGCGACAGAAGGACAUUGCUUUGCUGCCUUCACAAAUGGUUUGUCCUGCUUGUUUAUUGAUUUAACUCGUUCCGAUUUUAUUACCAAAAUCGACAAAAACACUUGGGUAGAAAGAGAAAAUCAGCCUGUUUCAUUGUGUGAUGUAGUCGCAAAUCUUCGGGAAGGCCGGCCGAUGAGGGAAUCAGAGGUGGCUGUGUGCGCAAUCACCGGAGGUGUCAUUAGCCAAUUGGUGAUGAAGAUGGUGACAGAGGAAGAGGUGGAGGAUACUGCAUUUGAGUUCGACGCAGUCAGCGGAAACGGAACGUUGUAUACUAUCUCUCUUGUUUGUUACACUCAGUAG